CUUGUACUUAUAUGACAAUAACACUGUAGAGAAUACCUUUUUGUAAAUCUCUCCGUCGGCGUUAGUUUAAUAUUGGGCAAAACUUUCGGAAAACGAAACCUAUGGCUUCGACGGGUGAGAACCCUGCUGCCAAGCCGGCCGAAGACGGCGCCGCCGCAGAAACUCCCAAUAAGGCGUGGGCUGACGAGGCGGAUGAAGACCGAGCCCCACCAGGCUUUGACGGCGUCGGCGAUGCAGUCAAGGACAUCACGGAGAAGCUUGAGACAGCGGCCAAGGUGGAUGAAGGUGGCACUGUGGAUGAGCCCGAUGUCGCAUUAAAGACCGAGGGCCUGCGCGAGCGGCCAGAGGCGGAGAUUACCACAAAGACAGAGGGUGACUCCAUUUAUGACUCGGCUCAGAAGUUUGAGGACCUGCCCCUUUGUCCGGAGCUGCUGAAGGGCUUGUACGUGGAAAUGGGUUUCGAGCGGCCAUCUAAGAUCCAGGCGCUGACACUGCCCAUGAUUCUGACACCGCCGCACAAGGAUCUUAUUGCUCAGGCGCACAACGGCUCGGGCAAGACCACCUGCUUCGUGUUGUCCAUGUUGUCUAGAGUGGACCCCAAGGUGCAAUACCCGCAGGCUCUGUGCAUCUGUCCCACUCGGGAGCUGGUUGUGCAGAACCUCAGUGUGCUGCGGCGGAUGGCUCGGUACACCUCCAUCUCCUCUACAUCCACAGCCAGUGAUGGAGAAGGCCCGGGCGGCGGAUUCCGCCGUGACCUCAUACGGGACCAGGUGGUGGUUGGCACACACGGCAAGUUGAAGAACUGGGUUCAGAAGCGGUUGCUUGAUUUAGACUACGUAACCAUCUUGGUGUUUGAUGAGGCCGACGAAAUGCUCAAGGCGGAUGGUUUCGCGGACGACUCGGUGCGCCUCAUCAAGAGCAUUCGGAAAAAGAACCCAAAGGUCCAGUUGUUGCUGUUCUCCGCCACCUUCAACGACGUCGUGAAGCGGUUCGCGCUCUCCAUCGCCCCCCAGGCCAACCAGGUGUUUGUGGCCAAGGAGCAGCUCAGUCUGGACGUCAUUGCGCAGUACAACGUACGCUGCCCUGACCGCAACGCCAAGACGCGGGUUUUGAAGGAGAUGAUUUUCCCCAACUGCGAACGGCUGGGGCAGACCAUGAUCUUCGUCCGCACGAGAGAGAGCGCCAAGGGCCUUCACUACGAUAUGGAGCGGGAGGGCUACAAGUGCACCUCCAUCACAGGCGAUAUGCAGCCCGGGGACCGAGACCGCGUUGUCCAGGAGUUCCGAGACGGCACCACCAAGAUUCUCAUUUCCACAGACGUCCUCUCACGGGGCUUUGACGUCAGCCAGGUAACCCUGGUCAUCAACUACGAUGUGCCUGUGGAGCGAGAUGGCAGGACCCCCGCCUACGAGACGUAUUUGCAUCGUAUAGGCCGCUCCGGGCGCUUUGGGCGCAAGGGUGCCGCCUUCAACCUCAUGUGCACGCCACAGGAUGCGGAUGUGAUGACCCGCAUCUCAACUUACUUCAAGAAGCCCAUUAAGGAGCUCAAAUGGGACGACGAGGACGAAUUUGUGGACGUCCUCAACAAGACGUUGUAACGGCGUCUUGGCUGAGGAAGAGGGGUAGAGGCCCUAGUGUGGGCUGUUGGGGUAGCGGCACGGUUAGGUAUAGUCGUGGAGAUGUUGCAGGAUGUGGUAUAUAAUAUGUGACCAAAUCUUCUGGUGUUUCUGUUUUUGAGUUCGACUUACUAACGUACAUGUUUUUGGAGCGAGUGAAGUUGGGUCGCGCUGUUAAGUUUUAAAACAGGGUCGCGCGUAGCCUCAUGUAGCACGUACUCGGGUUUUGUGCUUUCCCUACGACUGAGCGCAAGGAAUGUCUUCUGGUGUAUAAUUCGAGUCCAUG